AUGAUUGUGAUACGGACUUAUUCCGAGUAUUUUGCUGUUUUUAUGAGUUGUUUCUUGGUUUGUGAUAUUAUGACACUCAACAGAAAUUUUGAUUUCGAGAAAGAUGACACUUUCAAAGACUUACUUCCUAUCACUGGUAGUGUUAACUACACAGAAACACAGCUUAACCUUACUCGGAUUGAGUGUGCAGGUUGUUGUGAAUAUUGCGCAGGAUUUUUGUACAAUAGGGUGACAGGAACUUGCCAUCUUUUGAAAACUCGUCUUGGUGAGAGAGAUUUUAAUAGAACUCGUGUGGAUAUUGGAUGGGAGCUUUAUAACAGUUUGAAUGUUUGCGGUCAGGGAUGGCAUCUCUACAAAACUCAUUGUUAUACGUACUUGGAGUUGAAUAAAACAUGGACCGAAGCAAAGGAUAUUUGUGCCUGUUCCGGUGCCUAUCUUGUUCAAAUAGAAACAAGGGAGGAAAACGAAUGGAUAAAAGAAAAUUUAUUACCAGCAUUGGAAGAACCCGAAAGUUGCUUAGGUAAAUCAAAUUACUUUUGUUGUGAUACGUGGAUCGGAGCCAGUGACCAAGUUAAGGAGGAAGUGUUCCAGUGGACAAACAAAGAAAACGUGGAAUUCAAAAACUGGAAUCCAGCUGAACCAAACGACUACAAUGGCAAUGAAGACUGUGUUUCAUUGUGUCGCGAUGGUCAGUGGAAUGAUUUCAGUUGUAACAUAACUUUCAACUUCAUCUGUGAAAGAAAUAUUUUUGGUUAAUGUAGUUUUGGGAGUUUAACUAUGUUCAAUCACCCUUGGUCAUCACACACUUUUCAAGCGCAGUAAUAUGUAUUGAUUAUAUAGUGGCUGUCAGUGGGGCUUAUG